GCAAUUCCCUUAGACUCUUGCAGACUCUAUAUCAGUAUAACAACAGCUACGGGACAAAUAGGACGUUGUCUGUGCUCUGUUUAACGUUGUGCUUUUCAUUCAGUUUGAUUACAGACUGUGACAUAUUGUUUUGUGAUGGCAUUGAAAUAUACUGUGACUUUAGGCUUGUUCGCGCUGUUUUUAGAAGUAGCAACAGAAGGAAUUCAUAUAAAUAUAACUAGCGUUUGGAAGCCGGACUUCGGAUGGGAGGUGACUUGCAUGUGGGAGACACCACCAAAUGACACCCUCCAGUCGGUGCGAUUGCAAAAUAAUGGACAGCAGUUCAUGAUCUACAGACCUGAGAUACACGGAGCAUCUAGAGCGGAAGCGUUCAGAACACCAGAGAACGUGAUGAGCGUCGAUUGUACGUUAACCGCGACAAAGGGUCGCAAAGGGCGUUGUGUCCUCACAAUCGAGCCCUACCAGCCGCCAUCGAGUGAUUUCACGUACACGUGUGAAGUGUCAGGAGAGAGGCCGACCUUCAUGAUUGAGAGAAUGGAUUACGUUGUUAAAACCAUUGUACCACCAAGCAGUGCGGAAUUGGAAUACAAGAAAUAUGAUGAAGUUUCUCCUGGUCGUGUUAUGAUGAACUGCACAUCUUCUGGUUUGCCAGCACCGAACUUGCAGUGGACUGUUGCCAAUGAUAAGGUCCAAGCUGACUUUACUGGAAGAUUCUGGAAUAGGACAACAAAGUUAUGGCAUGUUUGGUCUUUCUUUGCAUACACUCGAGCAGAUCCUUCAACAACCGUUACAUGUAGUCCUGAAGUAUUAACACAUGAAGAGCUUCUCAAAGGAACGCCUGCUACAUUUAGUUCUGCUAGUAUAAUAGAUUCAGCCAGCACUUUGAUAGUGAUGUUUACAAUUAUGAUUUUUCUUCGGUGACGUUUGAUUUAUGAAUAAAGGAAAGAGAUACUUAAAUGAAACAAGACAUAUGAUAUAGAUUAUAUUUCGACAAAAUAUCGUUAUGAACGAACUUUACAAUGCUGCGGUUACACGUAUUAAAUACCCGUAAUAUGUAAAUAUUCCAUACGACGAAAAGAGUUACUUCGCACAAUAUCUUUAAGAAACUCUUUUCGUCGGAUGGAUCGUAUAGUAAAAUUUAAAUAUAGAACAAGAUAAUAAAAGCUUUGAAUGACACUAGCAUACUAAAAUGUAUGGAACCUUAUGAAAAAAAAUGGAUGGCUGAAUUCGUUUAGCGAUUCAUCAUCAUCAUCAUCGUUUAGCGAUUGAUAAACUAUAUUACAAUAUUAUUUAUAAUUAGCAAUAUUUUACAUUGUUAAAUUAAUAAAUAUGUUAUGAACUAUAGUACUGAUGGAGUGCGAUAUACUCAAAAAGCUCCAGUGUAACCGCAGCUUAAGAGUUUAUAUUUGAAUGUUGGCAACACUGUAUUUCUAUAUCAUUGGCCAGUUAACUGUCAUGUAUGUAUAUUAAUUUCGUUUUUUAAGUAUAAUGAACACUAGCUAUUGUGGCAUUAAAUCAUGAUACUUUUGAUAUAUAAAACCGUAUAAGUAUUGUACGUUUAUUGGCAAAAUAAAAUGAGUAUUUUGUAAAUACGUUUUUGUCAUCUGCCGCCAAAUGCUAUGCAGUGUUGCCAACAUAAUUAGGAAAUCUUUUAAAUUGCGUUCAAGUCAUUAAAGAUAUUCUUAAUCUUAAUUAAUAAUUCGCAGCAAAAUAAAAGAUUUUUAAUUUAAAAUUAAUUUAAUGUAGAUUAUUAUUAUUUUCCAUUGAACCAAUAUUUGGUAUACUUUAUGGAAUUAAAAAUGUUUAUUAAAUUUAGCUAAUAGUUAAUA